AUGGCUCAAUCAUUAUUUUCGGCUGAAGAUGUCACCAAAGAAGUGGCAGUAUCUUAUCUUCCCUUUAAGACUAAAUUAGUUAUCGACACUGUUCCACUCAAGUCUUCCACUCAAACAAAGACUCAUUCCAAGGUCUACCGCAACAGAGCAUUCCCUAAUCGUGUUAUUGAUAACAUCCACCCUGAUCUCAACACCCACCACAAGUUAUUUGAAAAUGCCGUUGGACUUUAUAAAGAUUGUGAGUGUUUAGGUUGGAGACCGUUUGAUUAUAAAUCUAAGACCUCCAGUGAUCAUUUCGAAUCCUUGACAUAUGGACAAGUUAAUGAUAAAAAGAGGAAAAUUGGUUCUGGGAUUAUUAGAUCCUUAUUAGCCAAUCCAUACAAGAACCCAGAAUUAGCUGCCCAUAAGAAGAUUGAUAAUCAUUUAAGAGAUUGGAGCCAUUAUGGAACUUCUGUAACCCAAAGACAAAAUACCGAUUCUCAAAUUGAAAAAUGUAAUUCAUUCAUUUUGUCAAUUUUCGCUGCUAAUAGAAUGGAAUGGAUGUUGACUGAUUUGGCAUGUUCUAGUUAUUCAAUCACUAACACUGCAUUGUAUGACACUUUGGGUCCAGAUGCUACGACAUAUAUUUUAGAAUUCACCGAAAGUCCAAUUGUCGUUUGUUCUAUUGACAAGAUUGCAACAUUGUUAGAAAUGAAACGUAAUUUCCCUAGCCAAUUACAAAACUUAAUUGAAAUCGUUUCCAUGGAUCCAUUCGAACUCAUCGAGCCAUCCUUACUCCAAGAAGCCAAAAAAUUAAGAAUUAUCAUUCAUGACCUUUCGCAAAUCGAACAAUUAGGAUCAAACAACCCAAUCAACGAACUUCCACCCAACCCAAACACACUCUACACCAUCUCCUUCACCUCCGGAACAACAGGCUCCAAACCAAAAGGUGCCAUGAUCCCCCACUCAAUGUCUGCAGCUUGCAUUUCUUGUUUAUUAUCAUUCCAACCCCAGGCCAGCUCCAGUCCUCAUCAAGACCGUGCAUUCAUUUUUCUUCCCUUAACCCAUAUUUAUGAACGUGGAACCAGUGCAUUCGCAUUAUGUGCCGGCUAUUAUCUCGGAUUCCCACAAUUGACACUCGGAAGACCCACGAAUCCUUUCUUGGACUUACUUGAUGAUUUGAGGAUUUUCAAACCGGCUUAUUUUUCAAUUGUACCAAGAUUAUUAACUAGACUUGAAGCUUUGAUUAAGAGUGAGAUCAAAGAAUUGCCCCAGGAUGCGCAGGAUAAGAUUAAUAGAAUCAUUGAGUAUAAAUACCGUGAACAGUCGAAAUAUGAUGGUAGUACCGGUCAUGACCCAACAAUUGACCAUUACGAACCAUAUCAAACACUUAGACAAUCCGUGGGGUUUGAUAACAUAAAAUGGAUCCAAACUGGUAGUGCACCCGUUGCUUCGUCGACAAUUGUUUAUUUGAAGGCUAGUUUAAACAUCGGGAUUCGUCAAUUAUACGGUUUAACUGAAUCCGGAGGUACUAUUACCUCUACUGAUCCAUAUGAUCUGAAUCCGGGGAGUUGUGGGAGUGUGCCACCUACUGCUGAAUUUAAAUUACGUGAUUGUAGUGAUAUUGGAUAUUCAAUUGGGGAGAAUAAAGGAGAGUUAUUAUUAAGAGGACCACAAAUAUUCAAAGGGUAUUAUUAUAACUUAGAAGAGACUAAUAAAGUUUUCAGUGAAGAUGGUGAAGGCUGGUUUCAUACUGGGGAUAUUGCUAGUGUUGAUCCAAAGACUGGUAGGAUUAAUAUUAUUGAUAGAGUGAAGAAUUUCUUUAAGUUACAACAAGGGGAAUAUAUUUCACCUGAAAAGAUCGAGAAUAGAUAUUUGUCGUCCAAUCCAAUAAUUAGUCAAUUAUAUGUCCAUGGUGAUUCUUUGAAGGAAUACUUAGUUGGAAUUGUGGGUAUUGAAUAUGAAAAAGGGUUGAAGUUCUUGAAUGAACUUGGAUACAAUAAGAUCGGUAUGUCAAGUGAAGAAAUGUUAAUUGAAUUGAAUAGUGUCGAUGUAAAGAGUAAAUUCUUAGAAAUGAUAAAUAAGAAUGUUAAAGGGAAAUUACAUGGAUUUGAGAUAUUACAUAAUAUUCAUAUUGAUAUUAAUCCAUUGACUGUUGAAAGAGAUGUUGUUACUCCUACUUUUAAGAUCAAGAGACCAAUCGCAUCUAGAUUCUUUGGUGCUGUUUUCCAUCGUUUAUAUGAAAUUGAACAAUCUUUGGUAUUGGCUGCAAGAUUGAAGAAAGCUAAGUUGUAG